AUGGCCGACAAUGAAUGGGACAGCGUUGUGCGCAUCGGCAGCAAAGCCCGUGGCGGUGGUAGUGCCGCCGAACGGGAGCGUGUGAUCAAAGGCAAAUCCGCCCUCAACGCAGCCCAGCGGUCUGGGGCCGUCUUGAUGACGGAGAAGAAAUACGGCUCUGCAAACACUGUAAGUGACACCUUUGGCAGGUCCUACUCCGAUGACAAAGCCCAAAAUCUGACUGUUCAAUCCCUGCAGAAAUCAAGUGUCGAAGGCCAACAUGCCACCAAGGUCGACCGUUCGGACGAUAUCGUGCCAGUCAAGACCGUCAGCAAAGAAGUCUCACUCGCCAUCAUCAAACGAAGAAACGAGAUGCAGCCGAAGCUGACACAGAAAGAUCUCGCCACAAAAGUCAACGAGCCGGUGGCGGUAAUAGCGUCGCUGGAAAAGGGCGAUGCUCAGCCGAAUCAAGCUGUGCUGGCCAAACUCGAACGCGUGUUGGGCAUCAAGCUGCGUGGCAGCGACAUUGGCGCCCCCAAAUUCCCGGCCAGGAAGUAG